GUCCCCACCACGAGCAGCGUUGCCGGCUCAGUCGUGCGGGAGUGGUCACUGAGGGAUGUGUGGUACCGUAACUGAGUGACUGAGGAAAAAGACCCGGCGUAGUUUCUCCGCGUAAUACGCUCUCGCUCUUUACCCCCCUGAACAAAAAAGAACUAGCAGUACCGAGAGUCUAGUCAGUUUUCGGCCCCCCUCCCGAUUUUACGCGAAACUACGGAAUACGCUGAUCGUAUAUUUAUUUAAGUAUUUAUUGUACAAAAGACUUUAAAUAUAGCCGACACAAUGUCCGUCGAUAAGGAGGAAUUGGUUCAGCGUGCAAAGCUCGCCGAGCAGGCAGAGAGGUACGAUGAUAUGGCAGCCGCGAUGAAGGCAGUCACCGAAACAGGAGUCGAGUUAUCGAACGAGGAAAGGAACUUGUUGUCGGUAGCGUACAAGAAUGUCGUUGGUGCAAGACGUAGCUCGUGGCGAGUCAUCUCCUCCAUUGAGCAGAAAACCGAAGGUUCCGAGCGCAAACAGCAGAUGGCCAAGGAAUAUAGGGAAAAGGUUGAGAAGGAGCUGCGUGAAAUCUGUUAUGACGUAUUGGGACUCCUUGAUAAGUACCUGAUCCCUAAGGCUAGUAAUGCCGAGAGUAAAGUAUUCUACCUCAAGAUGAAGGGCGACUACUACAGGUAUCUCGCAGAAGUCGCUACCGGAGAAACCAGAAAUGCGGUAGUCGAGGAUUCACAGAAAGCGUAUCAAGAAGCGUUUGACAUAGCAAAAUCAAAAAUGCAGCCUACGCAUCCCAUCAGGCUCGGUCUUGCACUCAACUUCUCCGUUUUUUAUUACGAAAUUAUUAAUUCUCCGGCUAGAGCCUGUCAUCUUGCCAAACAGGCGUUCGAUGAUGCGAUCGCAGAAUUGGACACACUUAACGAGGACAGCUACAAAGAUUCCACGCUAAUUAUGCAGCUUUUACGCGACAACCUCACUCUUUGGACCAGUGACACGCAGGGCGAUGCGGACGAAGCACAGGAGGGUGGAGAUAACUAACCUUCCUAAGCUUAAGUCCUUUCUAAACUAAUAAGAACAUCCUAUUCUCUAUCGUCCCCCCGUCCCUUGAAGUGCUCACCCAUCCAUCCACCCGAGAUCGAUUUUUCAUUCGCCUGACCUUUCGUCCUUCGCGUACCUCGCUACCUUCUCCCUCCUUCCCUAUCACUUUUAUUCUUUUCCCAUUCCGUUUAACAAUCUUCGUUAUCUUAUCCGUUUUACUAUCCUAUCACUCUUACUCCUCGUUUUGUUAUUCCGUAUUGUCCCUCUUCGGGUUUCCCCUCUGUCUCGUCCUCUCUGCCUUCCAUCCUUUUUUUUUCAUCUUUCCCGCCAUCCUUCUUUACGUCCUUACUUCCUUCCACCUUUCUUCGGUUUCACACUCGCAAGGGCGACGUUGCCUUUUUCCCGCAUCCAUAUUUUUUUAAUCUCCUCCUCGAAAGUCACGACCUCUUUGUUCUAACGCGACCGCACACUGCUGCCAAUGCCACCGCCACAGCUGUUACGCCCGAUUCGAAAGCUCGAACACGAGAGAAUCUCGUUCUCGACCGUAUCCUUUCCUGAAGGAUCGAUUCACGUGCCGGUCGCCGAAUACACUCGCUAUUGUCACUCGUCAGAAAUUUUGAAUUUGAGUAUUCAAUUUCAAAAGGAGUGUCGAUCUACGACAGGAGGGGGAGGGGGGAUGGAGAGAAAGGGGAGAGAGAGAGAGAGAGAAACGAAGAGAAGAUAACAAAAGGCCAAGGAAAAAAAAUUAGCGAAUUUAUGCGAAAUUAACGUAGGAUAUUGCGUAACCACGCCUCGCGCGGCCCUUAACGAAAGGAAGCGGUCGAGUCGUGAGAGUUACUCGAUACAACAAGUUUAUCCAAGGGAAGCGUUAUUGACUCGUGUUUGUGUGGAAGAACGGGAGAAAACAAAUUGUGGAUGAACAGAGGAAAGGACAGAGAGAAUUUCGCAAACGCUGUCUCGUCGUACAACGAUAAGGUAGUAAAAGAUAGUAUCGAAGAGUAUAGAAGAGGACAAAAACGUUAUAUGUAAUGUUACGAAAGAGAAAUGGGUAAUCGCCAGUAGAUUACGGGGGUGUAAACGAUGCUGUCGAAACUGUGAACGAUAGAGGAAAAAUAUCGAAUAAACUAGUCUUUGACGGGUAUGUAGAAACAGAAAAACAUGUAUCGAUAUCGCUGUUCGGAUGAGACACGCGGGAUGCGAAAAACAGCCACGAAACACUGUCACUACUCCCAAAUCUGCUCACUAUUUACCAUCUAAAGCAUCGCUAAACGAAACAGAGAUUCGAGAAGAAACGAAGUGAAAGGAAAAAAGCACGCAUGAAUCUAAUUACAUUAUAUCCAGUUGUCAUUAAAUUAAAUUUCACAUUGUCUAGCAAGUACGAUAUUAUUAUACGAAGGGAAGAACGCAGGAGGAGAAAGGAGAGUAAAAAUACAUUAAGUUAUUAAGUUCCAACA